AGCGGAGGAGUGAAAAUAGAGACAGAGUCGAGUGAGUUCGAGUACGUGUAGUCAGUCAGCAAAUUCAUGGAGUUCUCGGAGUUCUCAAGAUAGUUACGCAUUAAUUUUUUUACUACAUUAUUUAUUCAGUCUCUCUAGCUAGAAUAGUUACAUCUAUUUAUUUAUUCUAAGCAAGACCCUGUCGUCAAGGCCUGGCAGCUAGCUAUGGAUGAGCACCUGUUUAGGUCCUCAGUGGUGGAAGACCAAGAGGCCCAGUCCAUACCACAGUCACGACGGCUGGACCCAGUCUUGUGCACUGACAAGACUAUUCCUGAAUUCGAUGAACAAGAUUAUACGAGUCACAGGAACGUGUACGUGACUGUUCAUGUUCCGAGGAACAAGCACAAACACCACAAGAACCGCAGAAGGCACAAUCGUAAUGGUUCUCACGGUCACCAUGUCGACCGUAGCCAUAGCAAUACCGAUCAUACCGACUAUGACAGUACCGUGCAAGGUUCCCACGGCGAUCCGCAAAGUUCCCUUGGCAACACGCCGAGUUACCGUGGAGAUGUAAGAGACGGCGAGGAACAUCCUCUAUACUCCCCACAAGAAUCAGUUGGCUUUGAGACACACAAGCCACUCCACGGGACAGUCAGCGAUGUGACUCAUAACUCCACUAGUAGGAGCAGUAUUAAUGGACGUCCACGUUAUCACAAGUCUAAUAGUGUGCCCCAGAGAACUGCUGACCUCACCAUUCCUAAGAUCGUGAGAGAUCCAACAACUCCGUGUGACCCGUGUGACCGUGUCAAGUUCAUCCUGGGAGCAGCUGAUGAUGUAGACACCACUGGCUGCCAUGACCCCACUGUACACACUGUGUUCACUGAGCUGGAGGAGCUCAAGUAUGAUGAACAUGACCAUGGAAAAAUGGAGUGGAAAGAGACGGCUCGUUGGGUCAAGUUUGAGGAGGACGUGGAGGAGGGGGGCAACAAGUGGAGCAAGCCUCACGUGGCCACUCUCUCACUGCACAGUCUGUUUGAGUUGAGGAGCUGUCUUCUCAAGGGAACAGUGAUUCUUGACAUGAAGGCUGACAAUCUAGCACAAAUAUCAGAUUAUGUACUGGAUAACCUGGUGAGUACUGGUCAGCUAGAGGAGGAGAACAGAGACAGAGUCAGGUCUGCACUGCUGCAGAGACACAAGCAUCUCAAUUCACGUAAAGAGUCUGAUAACAAGAUCCUCGACAGUAUCAGAUCACUAGGCGACAUGGGUCGUCUCAACUCAGCGCGACAGAAUGACUUAUCUGACCAGACUAGCAAUCAUAGCCGGUUUGGAAACUUCACUAAGUCAGCGUCCAGCAUUGCCGGCCUGCCUGGCCAUGGGAGCAGGGGAGGAUCGAGACGAGGCUCCACACAGGUGCCAGGUGUGUCCCUGGUUGAAGGGGGCGCUGAGGGGAGUGGUGGCAGCAGUCUGACCAGACUAGAGGAGGGACAGAAUGACUCAGAACAAGACCUCAUCCACCUCUCCAAGACGUCUGCCAACUUCAUGAAGAAGAUACCUCCAGGCUCAGAGGCGUCCAACGUUUUAGUGGGAGAAGUGGACUUCCUGUCACACUCCAUCAUCGGGUUUGUCCGUCUCUCUGAGGGGCGUGUCCUAGGGGACCUGACAGAGGUGCCCAUCCCCACCCGAUUCCUAUUCAUCCUCCUGGGUCCCACUGGUAACCAGGAGCGCUAUCACGAGAUAGGGAGGUCCAUUGCUACACUCAUGAGUGAUGAGGUGUUCCAUGAGGUAGCUUACCGUGCUCGUAACAAAGGUGACCUUUUAGCGGGUAUCGAUGAGUUCCUGGACAAAGUAACAGUGCUACCCCCAGGGGAAUGGGACCCUCAGAUCCGACUGGAACCUCCGUCCAAAAUCCCAUCACAGGGCAUCCGAAAACAGAGCAAUGAUCCUCGUAAGAAGAGCGUGAUCUCCACGAAGGGAGAGGAGGAGAGAACACCACCAGUACGGUGGAGCAAGAGACCAUUCCGAGGUUGUGUGAAUGACUUGCUUCGUUGCUACUCGCUCUAUCGCAGUGACCUCAGUGAUGCCCUCAGUCUGCAGUUCCUCUCCUCUCUGUUCCUCAUCUAUUUUGCCAACAUUACCCUCGCCUUUGUGUUUGGUGCUUUCUUCUCCGACAUGACUCAAGGGGCAAUGGGGGUGACAGAGAUGAUUCUGGCUGUCUCCUUUGGAAAUUUCUUCUUCUCCAUAUUCUCCGGCCAACCUCUUGUCAUCCUUGGAGCUACUGGUCCGUCCAUCAUCUUCGAGAGACUCAUCUUCACGUUUUGCACCACUCCGGGCAUCAACAUACCGUUUCUAGAGUUUCGAUUCUGGAUUGGUCUAUGGACAGCGCUCUUUAUUUUCAUUCUAGUUGGCCUGAACUCGAGCGCUAUUGUGAAACUUGUCACACGGUUUACGGGCGAGAUUUUCUCGGCUUUGAUUUCGUUUGUGUUCAUUUGGGAAGCAUUAGGUGCUCUGUGGAAGAUACAUUUGGACUACCCGUACAAUCAAUGGAUUUUGAGACCUGGAAUGAGGAGACAAUGCGAUUGCUAUGAAUUUCCCGAUUUAGACGGUUUGCAAAACUCGGAUUUGUCGAAUGCAUCGCGUCUAGGGUCUUAUUGGGACGUGCGGGAGAGUGAUUGCUCAGCUGGUCAGCUUCGGAGCUUUGUUGGUAGCGAUUGUCCUGGUGAUUUGUUCUCGAGCCAUGACGUGUUCCUGAUGUCUGUUAUCCUGUUUUUCGGCACUUUUAUUCUUUGUUUCUAUCUCAAGAAGUUUCGAAGGAGCAAAAUCUUCAAAACCAUUAUCCGGCGUGUUGUGAGUGACUUUGGAGUGUUUAUUGCCGUGUGUGUGUGGGUGGGUAUAGACGUCCUUGCAGAUGUGGACACGCCCAAACUGGAGGUUCCUAACGUCUUCACAGAAAACUUCUAUACCAGCCCCAACAGAACUUACCUAUUCAUAGCCCCACUAGGCAAUGGUUUCCCAGCGUGGGGUGUGGGUGCCGCCCUCCUACCAGCACUGCUCGCCACUGUACUCUUCUUUGUAGAGCAGCACAUCACUGAGGCCAUUGUCAACAAGAAGGGCAACAAACUGAAGAAGGGACCUGGUUACCAUGUGGACAUGUUCAUUGUGGGUUUGAUGAUCUUUUUCCACUCUGUGAUGGGUCUGCCGUGGGUAGUGGGGUCAACCAUCCUCUCAGUCUCACACGUCCAAUCGCUGCAUCGCUACGGAUCAUCGGAUAACCCGGGAGAGGCACCAAACUUCCUUGGAGUCAGAGAGCAACGUGUGACUCUGUUUGUGAUGUCGAUCCUUGUGGGGCUCUCUGUGAUGCUGUACAGUGUGACCAGUUUCAUACCUCUACCCGUACUCUAUGGACUCCUCUUUUAUCUAGGCGUGGCUUCGCUGUACAACGUCCAAUUUGUGCAUCGAUUCAAACUACUUUUUAUUCCAAACAAGUACAAACCGGACUAUGCUUAUCUCCGUCAAGUGCCCAACGUGCGAAUACACAUCUACACAAUCAUUCAAGUUGUCCUCUUAGUGCUGCUCUGUGCUGUGCAAGCUCAACCAUCACUUAGGGUGGCUUUUCCCAUCAUUGUGAUCGGUCUUAUGAUCAUUCGUUGGCUGCUCGGAUUUUGUUUCACUCGAAAAGACCUCAAAGUUUUAGACGAUCCGUUGCCAGAGAAACUCUACUGUAAAAGAUGCAAAGUACACGUCAAGAAAAGCUCUGAAAAGAUUUUGGAAGAAGGGACAUGUAGCACCAAUUCCGACGAGAUUGAUGGCUUUGGAAACAUUGUAACUGAAGAACCGCCUGCUAUCGAUCAAAACAUAUCCCCAGAUCAUGCUCAGCAACGUAAAGAACGUCGUUCAGCCUCUGCAUUUAACAUCACCCAAGAAGUUGAUAAGUGUGAAAUUUGGAGAACCAUGGUUAAGGAUUUGGACACGCCUUAUUCAAGUCCCAGAAUAACGGCAGAAUACAGUGGAACACGUCCCUCUAUUACUGUGACUAAUCCGGAGAGAGUCCAACAAGCCGCCACUUACCAAGACGAUUAUUCACCACAGGGGAACAACCCUUUGGAACGAUUGGGGGAUUCCCCUUUUGAAGGAGCGGAGCCGGAGGUGUUCACUGAGGCUACGAUGUCACGAGAACAAGACCAGAAAACUAAAUCUAAGGCCUGUAGAAAACUGUUUACAAGCACUGCUGUCUGAAAUCAUUAUCUAUUUAUUUAUUGUUGCAUUACUAUAAUUAUAUUAUUAUUACCUCAGUAUAUAUAAUUUAAUUAAUAUUAUUGUGCUUUG